AUGAAGGCCGGCAGCCGUCGGUGGCCAAGUGCUGGCCUCGGCUUGCUCGCACUCCUGAAGCUCUCGGCCGUCGCCGCACACCCUCUCCGGAAUGGCGGCACCCCUCGCAUCAUCUUUGAGACGACAGCCCGUGUCGUACUAGGCGACGACUGCGAUGAAUCGACGAAGAAUGAAUGGAACUCUGUUGCCCACGGCAGCAAGCCCUUCAAAUCAACCAGCUAUUGGCCCCUCCCCGGAGGCGGUGCCGAAAAUGGACAAACUAUAGACCUUGGACAACAGUCUCCCGCCAGCUGGGGACCCCAAGGGGGCAGCGGCUCGAACCAGAACGGACAAAACGGACAAGGCGUGCAGAACGGGCAGGUUCCCGAGCUGCAGAAGUCACAGUCUCAGCAACAAUCUCAGCAACAAUCUCAGCAACAAUCUCAGAAACAGGCUCAGCAACAAUCUCAGCAACAGACUCAGCAACAGGCUCAGGGGCAGGCUCAACAGCAAGCUCAGCAGCAGGCCCAGGGGCAGGCUCAGCAGCAAGCUCAGGGGCAGGCUCAGCAGCAAGCUCAGGGGCAAGCUCAGCAGCAGGCCCCGGGUCAGGCUAAGCAGCAGGCCCAGGGGCAGGCUCAGCAGCAAGCUCAGGGGCAAGCUCAGCAGCAAGCUCAGGGGCAAGCUCAGCAGCAGGCUCAGGGGCAGGCUCAGCAGCAGGCUCAGCAGCAAGCUCAGGGGCAGGUCCAGGGACAGACUGAGACCAAACAACAGGCACAAGGACAGCAAUAUCAGGGACAACAAGCCCAGGGACAACAAGCCCAGGGACAACAAGUUCAGGGUCAACAGGCUCAGGGCCAACAGGCUCAGGGACAACAGGCUCAGGGACAACAGGCCCAGACCCAGGGACAACAGGCCCAGGGACAACAGGCUCAGGCCCAGGGACAACAGGCUCAGGCCCAGGGACAACAGGCUCAGGCCCAGGGACAACAGGCUCAGGCCCAGGGACAACAGGCUCAGGCCCAGGGCCAACAGGCUCAGGCCCAGGGACAACAGGCCCAGGGACAGCAGCCCCAAGGACAAGGGUACCAAGGCCAGCAGUCUCAGGGGCCCCAGUUCAAGGAGCGACAGUACCAAGGGCAGCAGCAAAAUGACCCGCAGUCCGAGGGGGGACAGGGUCAGGAACAGCAAUCCGACGGACAGCAGUUCCAGACACUACAGGCUCCGGAACAGCAACCCGACGGAGAGCAGUUCCAUACACAGCAGGCUCAGGAACAACAAUCCGGCGGAGAGCAGUACCAGACACAACAGGCUCAGGAAAUGCAAUCUCAGGGAGAGCAGUACCAGGCGCAACAGGCCCAGGGUCUGCAACCCGAGAGAGAACAGUCCCAGCCGCAGCAAGUCGAUGAGAAGAAAUCUCAAGGCCAAGAGUUUCAGGUAGAGGCACAAGCGCCAGGAGGCCAGUUCGCGGAGCGCUACGUCACAAUUACCUACCCUCAUGCUGCAAAGGAGGCGAUCCCGGAGCCGACGACGCACUAUCCCGAGCCUGGAUGUGCCGCCUGCUUCGGAACCGUCAUCGAGUACAAGCCGGUGGCCACCCCUUACGUCACCGUCAGCGCAAAGGGCAAGGGACCGUACCCGACUGUGUCGAUGAGCGAGCCCGAGUGCGAAAAGUGCGACGGCAAAGUGUACGUGUACGAGCCCCAGCAACCGAAAGGAGGAUUCCCUAUCCCCGCGGCCAAGACGGUCAAGAUCAAGGGCGCCCACGCGGCUGGACCGCGCAUCACCUUGGCUCCGGUGCUUCCCCUGGACCCUAGCACAGUCGUUCUAGGCCCCGCAGGCUUCGACAAGCAACUCCCGACUUUCUUUGCCGAUAGUGCAACAAAGAAGGGCAUCGCGCGAACGGUGAUGCCGCAAGAACAGGAUGCUUCAGGGCCCAUCGUCAUCAUCGGCAAGCCAGUGAAGAAGGGAGACAAGCCGGCCACCUUGUGGCCCUGCGAUAUCUGCGGUGACAACCAGCGUCCUGCACCCCCGCAGUUGACCAUUCCCGGAUUCCAGCCUGGCCUCCCGUCCAUCGUGGUGAACAUCAACGCCGGCAACGGCAACGGCAACGCAAACGGCAACGACAACGGCCACGUCACCGCCGGCAACGGCAACGGAAACACCAAUGUUGAUACCAACAGCAACGUCAAUGCCGGCAACGGCAUCAGCGCAGGCAACGGCAUCAGCGCAGGCAACGGCAUCAGCGCAGGCAACGGCAUCAGCGCGGGCAACGGUGUCACCGCCAGCAACCAGGGAGGCGCGACCAACGUCCAGGCUGGCAACGGAAUCCAGGCCGGCAACGGCGUGUCGAGUGACAGCCACGGCGGUGAUACCAAAAUCGACGGCGGCAACUCGAAUGUCAGCGGAGGCAGCACCAACAUCAACGGCGGCAACACCAACGUCGACGCCGGCAACGGCAUUUCCGCCAACGGUCAAGGAGGCAGCGGCCAAGGCGGCAGCAGCUCGGGCGGAAACACCAACAGCAACAUCUCGGCUGGCAAUGGCAUCUCGAGCAACAGUGACAGCAAGGGAGGAGACAGCGGUGGCAACAGCGUCUCCGGCAACAGCACCAGCGAGGGCGGCAACAGCGAAGGCGGCAACAGCACCAGCGGCAACAGUAACUCCCUCGAAAACGCCAGCAGCAGUGGCGGAAACAAUCUGGCAAGCUCCAGCGAAGGUGGCAACAGCACUGGCGGCAACAGCGGGGGCAACCAGCUCGAUAGCACCAGCUCCGGAGGCAGUGCAUCUGGCGGCAACAGCACCAGCACUGGCGGCAGCAGCUCUGGAGGUAGCAGCACCGGCGGCAGCAGCACUGGCGGCAGCAGCACCGGCGGCACAAGCACCGGAGGCAACACGGGCGGAAACGAGCUCGCAAGCAAUGCCUCGGGCGGCAACAGCACAAGCGAGGGAGGCAGCAGCACCAACAACCUUGCCAGCACGAGCAGCGGCGGCAACAGCACCAGUGGCGGCAACGACUUGGCAAGCACCAGCGGCAGCACAAGCAACGGAGGCAACAGCACCAGCGGCGGCAACGCCCUCGACAAUGCCAGCACGAGCAACGGAGGCAACAGCACCAACGACCUUGACAAUGCGAGCACGAGCAACGGCGGAAACAGCACGAGCGGUGGCAAUGCCCUCGACAAUGCCAGCACGAGCAACGGAGGCAACAGCACGAGCGGAGGCAACGACAUUGCUAGCUCCAGCGGCAGCACGAGCAACGGAGGCAACAGCACCAACGCCCUCGACAAUAACAGCACCAGCAAUGGAGGCAACAGCACGACGUCGAGCAACAGCGGAGGCAAUGCCCUCGACAGCACGAGCAACGGAGGAAACAGCACGAGCGGCGGCAACGCUCUCGACAACGCCAGCACCGGCGGCAACAGCACGAGCAACAGCGGCGGAAAUGAUCUCGCCAGCGGCAGCAGCAGCGGCAGCAACAGCACCAGCAACGGAGGCAAUAGCGACAGCAACUCCAACGCCAAUGGUGGCAACAGCACAAGCGGCGGCAACGAUCUUGCCAGCACGAGCAAUGGAGGAAACAGCACCAGCGGCGGCAACAACCUAGACAGCCAAAGCAGCAGCGGAAGCAACAGCACCAGCGGUGCCAAUGGAGGCGAGAGCAGCAGCAACAGCACCAGCGGCGCCAACGGGGGUGCAAGCAACAGCAACAGCACCAGCAACAGCGGCGGCAAUGAGCUGGACAACGCAAGCGGUAGCAACAGCACGAGCGGUGGCAACGAUCUUGCCAGCGGCAGCAGCAGCAACAGCACCAGCAAUGGAGGCAACAGCAGCGCCAAUGGUGGCAACAGCACAAGCGGUGGUAACGAUCUCGCCAGCGGCAGCAGCAGCAGCAGCAACAGCACCGGCACUGGCACCGGAGGCACCAGCGAGAGCAACUCCAACGGUGGCAACAGUACAAGCGGUGGCAAUGAUAUCGCCAGCGGCAGCAGCAGCAACAGCAACAGCACUGGCACCGGAGGCACCAGUGAGAGCAACUCCAACGGCGGCAACAGCACGAGCGGUGGCAACGAUAUUGCCAGCGGCAGCAGCAGCAACAGCAACAGCACCGGCACCGGAGGCAACAGCAGCGCCAACGGAGGCAACAGCACUAGCGGUGGUAACGAUCUCGCGAGUGGCAGCAGCAGCAGCAGCAACAGCACUGGAGGCAAUAGCGAGAGCAACUCCAACGGUGGUAACAGCACGAGCGGUGGCAAUGAUCUCGCCAGCGGCAGCAGCAGCAGCAGCAAUAGCACUGGAGGCAACAGCGAGAGCAACUCCAACGGUGGCAACAGCACAAGCGGUGGCAAUGAUCUCGCCAGCGGUAGCAGCAGCAGCAGCAACAGUACUAGCAAUGGAGGCAACAGCAGCGCCAACGGCGGCAACAGCACGAGCGGUGGCAACGAUCUCGCUAGCGGCAGCAGCAGCAGCAGCAACAGCACCGGCACCGGAGGUAGCAGCGAGAGCAACUCCAACGGCGGCAACAGCACGAGCGGUGGCAACGAUCUUGCAAGUGGCAGCAGCAGCACUGGAGGCAACAGCACGAGCAACAGCGGAGGAAACGAUCUCGCCAGCGGCAGCAGCAGCAGCAGCAACAGCACUGGAGGCAGCAGCGAGAGCAUCUCCAACGGUGGCAAUAGCACGAGCGGUGGCAACGAUCUUGCGAGUGGCAGCAGCAGCAGCAGCAACAGCACGAGUGGCGCCAACGGUGGCAACAGCAGUGCCAACGGAGGCAACAGCACUAGCGGUGGUAACGAUCUUGCGAGUGGCAGCAGCAGCACCGGAGGCAACAGCACAAGCAAUAGCGGAGGAAACGAUCUCGCCAGCGGCAGCAGCAGCAGCAGCAACAGCACCAGCAAUGGAGGCAACAGCAGCGCCAACGGUGGCAACAGCACUAGUGGUGGUAACGAUCUCGCGAGUGGCAGCAGCAGCAACAGCAACAGCACCAGCAAUAGCGGUGGAAACGAUAUCGCUAGCGGAAGCAGCAGCAACAGCACGAGCGGCGCCAACGGAGGUGCUAGUAGCAGCAACAGCACGAGCAAUAGCGGUGGAAAUGAGCUGGAUAAUGCUAGCGGUAGCAACAGUACGAGCAACAGCGGUGGAAACAACCUGGAUAAUGCUAGCGGCAGCAACAGCACGAGCGGAGGGAACGACCUCGCCAGCUCUAGCAACAGCGCUGGAGGAAACAGUACCAGCAACAGCGGAGGCAACGAUCUGGACAACGCCAGUGGCAGCAGCAGUAGCAGCAACAGCACCAGCAACAGCGGCGGAAAUGAGCUGGAUAAUGCUAGCGGCAGCAACAGCACGAGCGGCGCCACGGGCGGCGCCAGCAGCAGCAACAGCAACAGCACGAGCAACAGCGGCGGCAAUGAGCUGGACAACGCAAGCGGCAGCAACAGCACCAGCAACAGCGGUGGUAACAACUUGGACAACGCCAGCGGCAGCAACAGCACGAGUGGCGCCAACGGAGGUGCUAGCAGCAGCAACAGCAACAGCACGAGCAACAGCGGCGGCAAUGAGCUGGACAACGCAAGCGGCAGCAACAGCACCAGCAACAGCGGUGGUAACAACUUGGACAACGCCAGCGGCAGCAACAGCACGAGUGGCGCCAACGGAGGUGCUAGCAGCAGCAACAGCACCAGCAACAGCGGCGGAAACGAGCUGGAUAAUGCUAGCGGUAGCAACAGCACCAGCAACAGCGGUGGAAACAACUUGGACAAUGCUAGCGGCAGCAACAGCACGAGCGGUGCCAACGGAGGUGCUAGCAGCAGUAACAGUACUAGCAACAGCGGCGGAAACAACCUGGACAAUGCAAGCGGCAGCAACAGCACGAGCGGUGGCAACGAUCUCGCCAGCACCAGCAACGGCGGCAACAGCAGCGCCAAUGGCGGCAACAGCACGAGCGGAGGAAAUCAGCUUGCGAGCACUGCCAAUGGAGGAAACAGCACGAGCGGAGGUAACCAACUCUCGAGCGAGGCACAGGGAGGCAACAGCACGUCCAACAGCAACGGCGGCAGCAACAACGCCAGCGCCAACGGAGGUAACAGUACCAGUGGAGGCAACCAGCUCUCGAGCGAUGCCCAGGGAGGCAACAGCACGUCCAACAGCAAUGGAGGCAACAGCAGCGCCAGCGGAGGCAACAGCACCAGCGGAGGCAACCAGCUCUCGAGCGAUGCACAGGGAGGCAACAGCACGUCCAACAGCAACGGAGGCAACAGCAACGCCAACGGAGGCAACAGCACCAGCGGAGGCAACCAGCUUGCGAGCACUUCCAACGGAGGUAACAGUACCAGUGGAGGCAACCAGCUCUCGAGCGAUGCCCAGGGAGGCAACAGCACGUCCAACAGCAACGGAGGCAACAGCAGCGCCAACGGAGGCAACAGCACCAGUGGCGGGAACCAGCUGUCGAGUGACGCCAACGGCGGCAACAGCACUUCGCUCAGCAACGGAGGUAACAGCAACGCCAACGGCGGAAACAGCAGCUCGCUCAGCAACGGAGGCAACAGCGACGCCAAUGCCAACGGUGGCAACAGCACAUCCCUCAGCAAUGGAGGUAACAGCAGCGCCAACGGAGGCAACAGCACGAGUGGAGGCAACCAGCUCUCGAGCGAUGCCAACGGAGGCAACAGCACAUCGCUAAGCAACGGCGGCAACAGCAACGCCAACGGCGGAAACAGCAGCUCGCUCAGCAACGGCGGCAACAGCAGCGCCAACGGAGGCAACAGCACGAGCGGUGGCAACCAACUGUCGAGCGACGCCAACGGCGGCAACAGCACGUCUGUCAGCAACGGAGGCAGCAACAACGCGAGCGCCAGCGGCGGCAACAGCACGAGCGGUGGUAACAACCUCGACAAUGCCAGCUCGGCCAACAGCACGAGCGGAGGAAACAACCUCGACAACGCCAGCUCGGCCAACAGCACGAGCGGCGGCAACGCUCUGGACAAUGCGAGCAACAGCACGAGCGGUGGCGGCACUCUGACUGGCGGAAACAGCUCAAGCCAGGGAGGCAACAGCACGAGCGGCGGAAACAGCCUGGACAACGCGAGCAUGGCCAGCAGCAACAGCACGAGCGGCGGUGGCACGCUGACGGGUGGCAACAGCUCCAGCCAGGGAGGCAACAGCACGAGUGGCGGCAACCAGCUGGACAAUGCGAGCAGCAGCAACAGUACGAGCGGCGGAGGUGUCAGCAGCAGCAGCAGCGGCAGCAACAGCACGAGCGGAGGCGGCACGCUGACGGGCGGAAACAGCUCCAGCCAGGGAGGCAACAGCACGAGCGGUGGCAACCAGCUGGACAACGCGAGCAGCAGCAACAGCACCAGCAACAGCGGCGGCAAUGACCUGGACAACGCGAGCAACAGCAGCAGCAACAGCACGAGCGGAGGUGGCACGCUGACGGGCGGAAACACGAACGGCACCAUCGUCGGCGGAAACACGAACGGCACCAUCAGCGGCGGAGAAACAUCGAGCACGGGCGGCCAGACCACCAGCAGCGGUGGCUCCAGCUCCUCCAGCGGAGGCACGUCCGACGCGAGCUCGGGCGCGAAUUCGACGUCCCAGAACAACGGCAACGUCACGGGCAUCCUUGGCCAGAACGAUGGCCAUCACGGGCCACCACACAAUGGCACCCAUGGCCCGCCCCAUCCACCACCGCCGCCACCCACAAGCACAUCCACUGACGUCCCAACGGGAUCACCAACACCGUGA